CCCCCCUCCCCCCACCUCCUCCACGUGUUUGGGCCGCUCGUGAGCCCCACUUCUCACCCCCUCCCCGUCCCACCCACGUGUUCAGAGAAUUAUCAAUCGAACCGCGGGUUCUUUUCUUAUUUGAUAAGCCGACGCGAAGGGUUUAAUUUUCACUCUCGUGCCAGAUGAGACUCCCGUAACAGCCGCGGGCAGCAGACCGGGCUGGUGCUAGUCGGGUUGGCGGCGUUGUUGUCGCUUGCAGGCCCCCGUUGACUUCGAGGCCGGCGUUGGGUUUCGCGAUUGCUGCGUGCCGUGGCACUUUGCUUGGUCAUGUUCCUGCUGGUAGAGAUGAGCGACACUGUCCGCAUCCCGCCCUGGAACUUCGGGGUGAAACUCAACGAGGCCGUGACUGCGGAACUCAAUAAAAAGCUCGCCAACAAGGUUGUUUACAACGUGGGGCUGUGCGUCUGCCUGUACGACAUCACGAAGAUGGAAGACUCCUUCGUGUUCCCUGGCGAUGGCGCAUCACACACCAAAGUUCACUUCCGGUUCGUGGUGUUCCGCCCAUUUCUGGAUGAGAUCCUCAUCGGCAAGAUCAAGUGUUGCAGUCAAGAGGGGGUUCAGGUGUCGCUGGGUUUUUUCGAUGACAUUCGCAUCCCCCCAGAGUCGUUGCAGCAACCGUCCAAGUUCGAUGACGGCGAGCAGGUGUGGGUAUGGGAGUACGAGACGGAGGAGGGCACCCACGACCUCUUCAUGGACGUUGGGGAGGACGUUCGCUUCCGCGUCAUGGACGAGACCUUUGUGGACACGACACCGUCGGGCCCCGAGGCCGCCGGAGACGGCACGACGGCGGCCACGCCGGGGUCCAGUGCGGCUUCCGUGCCGGCCGAGGACUUCCAGAAGAAGCAAGCACCGUACUCGCUGACGGCUUCUAUCAGCGAGCCAGGGCUGGGGUUGCUGUCUUGGUGGAACAACAGCUGAUGCGUUUCAUCAACAUACCGCAUGUGUACAUACGAUAUAUUUGCGAAUGCAGUUAACUAUGUUGUACGAUUAAAGUAUUUUUUUUUACUAAAU